CGCGUACCUGUCCGAAGAAGACACUGACCACUGGUCCUAAGUACCUCCCGAUAAAUUCUACAUCUUAGGCGAAGACACUUGCCAACCUUCUCCAAUCUCUCGUGUCAUGAAUAUUGGCCUUCAGGCAUUGAUCGAACCCCUGUUGUUCACUGCAUAAGUGUUGAAGCUUUUCCACCACAGAGGCAGAGCCUGAAUGUAGUGUGUUAAAGAACCAAGCGGCUCCCUGUAUGGUGUUUGAACCCAGUCCGCAUCGCGCUCCCCUUCUACGCGUUUGUUUUUUUGAUGACUUGUCAAUGAAUUUUCUGUAGACAUGCUGAAGCCGAUUAGCAGAAACUAAUUGCGCCUGAUAGUUGGUUCACGAAGGAGGAAGAUGUCGAGGAUCCUGGGAUUGGUAUCUAUAUAAGACUGCUAAGGGCGUGGAGCAGACAAACACGUUAAUUGGGCGAGGCCUGUUCAUAUUGUUUGCCACUGUAGUUGGACCAGCGUAAAUAACUCACUGUUACAUUACACCAACAGGAAAGCUAGGAUUCUCUGUUCUUCAGUAAUGAACAUGCAGAGACUCGAGAGCCGCCAGGGCAUGUGUUUCAUUCGUUUCACAGACCUCAAGAUUUCAUUCAAAUUGGACCCUAGUGGGGUCGCCGUCGAAGAUACGAUCGGUCCAGAUCGACGCGCCGAUCGCGUCGUAGACUCCGAAAACAUCCCUUCAGUAGAAGACAGUUUGGCCUCUACCUGAAAAUUGCAACUACCCAGCCAUUGUCUGUCUGUAAAAAGAGCAGAAUUAACAUAUACAAGAGCACGAGUGUACAUCAUUGAACUUCGACUUAUUGCAUGCACUGCCAG